CGCAGCUCUAGCUGAUGACAUCAGUGCCGUCCUUUGAAUCUCCUGCCCGCUCCAUGGAUUCAAGUCGCCGGAAGACUCGACGAUGAAACGGCAACGUGUGGGCAUAGCUUGUGACAAGUGUCGCCUGUUGAAGGCCAAGGUUCGAUUGCCCCUUUUGAUACUCGGUUCUCUCUGACUUGAACUAAUGCAAAGUGCGAUGGGCGACAACCGGUGUGUGCGCGAUGUGACGGAUAUGGCUUUCGUUGUAGCUGGUCAACCCCGAAGCGAUCGGUGGAGGGCAGGACGAACGGCCGUUCUCGUGUGACCAAAGGCAGUUCUAGCCCAUCGCUUGGCAGUCCGGCCGGAUUGACGGAGCAGAGCAGCCUGGCAGCGUACCGCACGGUGGUGCAGUCCUACGAGGCCCUGAUCCGAGAGUUACGGGCCAAAUUGGACAGCACGCACCAGACGGCCGUCGAUAUCAAUCUCAGCAAUAUCCGUCGGCUGCGACCUUUAGAUGCGAACUCGGAACAGCUCACUGACCUCUACGCCCUCGGCACGCCCGCCGAAGACGGUGGGAUCGAGUCCUAUACGUACGUGGGCAAGGUUAGCGAUAUCCAUUUCAUCCAUACUGCGCGCCGCUGCAUGCAGGGACAUGAUACAGGGGAGGGCAACGAUCUGGCCGGACAGAGUUACAGUCAGACACGCAUUCCAGACAGUCCGGCUGCCUUGAAUCAGCCGUUGUUAAUCCCGUCUCGCGAUGAAGCAGCCCAUUUUCUGGAGAUCUAUUUGUCGACGAUUCAUCUCGCCUACCCCUUUCUAUGCAAGCAGACGGCGCUGGAACAGUUUGAGCAUCUGUGGACAGACAGUCACAAGAGACCGGAAUAUCGGCCCUGGCUUGCACUAUUCAAUUUUAUAUUCGCCAUCGGAUCCUAUUAUACAUCCUUCCCCCAUGGUAAAGACGCAGACGCACAACAUCACUUCAGAUAUUUCGAGCAGGGACUCUUCUUCUCGCACGAAAUAGGCGCGCACUGUUCUCUGACGAAUGUCUGGGUCAUGUUGGUGGAAUGCUUCUUCCUACUCGCCGUAUGUCACACCGAUAGAUGUUGGAACACACUGGGAUUUGCGAUUCGCAUGGCUCAGAGCAUUGGCCUCCAUGUGGAAUCGCCUCCCAGGAGCAGCUCCAAGGCUGUGGCUGAGAAUCAACAUGGCCGGCGGACCUGGUACUCUCUGUACGUACUGGACAGGCUUUUAGCUCUCCAGCUUGGACGCCCGAUGGCUAUCCACGAGGAGGAUUUUAAGGUCGAGUUGCCCGACCGGUCUGAUCCAUGGCCUUUUGGACCGCAGAGUGGCGGUUGUGUCCUUGAGCGAAGCCAGUUUCCAAAUGCCUCGAUGAUGGACUACUUCCGGAAGGUUAUCCGGUUCUCUGACAUUGUCGGUCUUGUCAUUCGGCAGCUCUAUCGACCUUCUCAGGUCGACUUGUCCCCAGAUCAAAUGUUGCACAGUGUGUCGUUGCUAGACCAACACUUGGCUGAAUGGAAGGCAGGCCUUCCACGGCACCUACGCUUUGAUCUUGGCCAUACGUUUGAGAGGUCGAUUUCUUUUAAACGGCAGCGCAACAUGCUUGCUGUCAAAUUUCACCAUCUCAGAGCACUCAUAUAUCGACCCUUCCUUUGUUUACCUUUACUUCAAAUGAACAACAAGCCGUUCAUGGACCUUCUCGUCCAGGAUAAAGAAAAGAUCUCCCACGCAGAGUGGAUCUGCAUCUCCGAAGCGCAGCAAACCGCUCACUUGUUACACAACGUCAUGGAUGAACGGAGCCUCGUCCACGAUUUCCCCUGGUGGCAGAUGAUUUCCUGUCUCAUCUGCGCCAGCUCCAUUCUGUUCGUCGCAGAGACAUUCUACCGGAAUAACAAUCUCCUAGAAGGGAGGACAUCGGCCUACUCAUUACGUGAAGACGCUGAGAUCUGCUUGAAAGUCUUUGAAGCUUUGAGCGCCAAUUCCGUCGCGGCGCGGAAGGCAGCAGAUAUGCUGGGGGAGGUAUCUAGUCUGCACUUGUCUACCGCAGCACCAUCAGGACAUGCAUCUGGACACAACCAACUACCAUCGAUGCCUACGUUUGCAAUCCCCGGAUCACCUUUCCUCGGUGACUCUACCGCAUUAGAUGCGAGCUCGUUAACGCCACUGCCUGAUCUUUCGACCGAUAUACUUUCCUGUGAGUGGCCGAGCGAGAUGUCAAACUCCAUGGAGUGGUCCGUCCGGUUUCUGGAUUGCCCUAAUUUUCAGAAAAUGAGCCAUCCUGGAGGUGCUCUGGCGCAUAGUCAAGAUGAUAGUUAUGUCUAGUUAUACAAGUUAUAUAGGUUAUAUCUAGCUAGUUAGAAGUUAUAUCCACUAUUUCCACGGACUUUCUAGAGGCCUGGGCAGAGUGAUAAAUCCC